AUGGGGAGCGACUUUGUUCCUCAUCAUACCGAAUAUGUUCGAUACAAAGUGAUAGCGGUGACAAUACUGACUUUUAUCUUUGCACUCACGCUCUCCCUUUUUGUAGCUCAGAAUGUUUUCUUGGGGAUUGACACAAUGUACGUAGCAAUGGUCUUCUAUAUCUUGUGCUAUAUUCCACCAAUCAGUCUCACAAUAUGGUCCUAUUACAGAACAGUCUUCACAGACGUCUGGUUGCCAAAUGACAUUGACACACAACAAGGGUUUAGGAAGUGCAAGAGGUGUCAUCACAACAAGCCGGAGAGGACUCAUCAUUGCAGUCAGUGUAAGGCUUGUGUCUUAAAAAUGGACCAUCACUGCCCAUGGCUGGGGACCUGUGUCGGGUAUAGAAAUCACAAGUUCUUUGUCCUCUUUUUGGUGUACGCAUUCAUCACAAGUCUCAUCGUCAUGAUUUUCUCGGCUUCUUUUGCUAUCAAUUUCUUCGUCAGAAAUAACUCCUUCGACCUCAGAAGUGUCCCAGACAUCUUCCAAUUUUUCGUCGGGACCAUUUUCAUCUUCUCGUCGGGGUCGAUGCUCUGCGUGCAAGUACCAAUCGUCUUAACAAACACUACUACGAUAGACAGAGAUUCAUUCUAUAUCUGUAGUACUCAGGCAUCCAGGCAGGCAAAUCAAUACGACUUGGGAACCGCCAACAACAUUAAAAUGUUUUUUGGAAAGAAUUUCUUGAAGGCUAUUGUCCCAAUUUUCUCAACAGAGGGAGACGGUAUGCACUGGACUAAAAACACCGAGUACGUCCAAAUCGACGAGGAACAAAACGAGUAA